GCGCUCGGGGGUCCGCGCGGCUGCUGCGGCGCCCGCUUGGGCCUGGCGGCGCCUGGCGCUGCUGCUGCUCCUGGGCGCGGGCCGCGGGGCCCUCGCGCUCUACUUCCACAUCGGGGAGACCGAGAAGCGCUGCUUCAUCGAGGAGAUCCCCGACGAGACCAUGGUCAUCGGCAACUACCGGACGCAGAUGUGGGACAAGCAGUCCGAGGCCUUCCUGCCCUCCACGCCGGGCCUGGGCAUGUUUGUGGAGGUCAAGGACCCUGACGGGAAGGUGAUUCUUUCCAGACAGUAUGGCUCAGAGGGCCGUUUUACCUUCACUUCGCACACCCCCGGGGAGCACCAGAUCUGCCUCCACUCCAACUCUACCCGCAUGGCACUUUUUGCAGGGGGGAAAUUGCGAGUGCACCUGGAUAUCCAAGUUGGGGAGCACACCAAUAAUUACCCUGAGAUUGCAGCCAAGGACAAACUGACAGAGCUGCAGUUGAGAGCAAGGCAGCUUUUGGACCAGGUGGAGCAGAUCCAGAAGGAGCAGAACUACCAAAGAUACCGAGAGGAGAGAUUCCGUAUGACCAGUGAGAGUACCAAUCAACGGGUGUUGUGGUGGUCCAUCGCCCAGACAGUCAUCCUCAUCCUCACAGGUAUUUGGCAGAUGAGACAUCUCAAGAGCUUCUUCGAGGCGAAAAAACUGGUUUAGCCCUUUUGAAAACACUGGCACUAUUUAUCAAAUGUUUCCCAUCGUCAGCUUUCAUCUUGACCUUCCUGGAUUUGCUAGAACAUGGAAAUGAGAUGGGAACACAACACGGAAUGACCCUGGCCAGUGCUUGAGGACUCCCUCUCCGCAGAUAACCUCUCUACGAAAGCUUAUUCUGUUCCACUUCAUAUUUUCCUGUGUUAGAGCAAGAGACACUCAUGUUGAGUGAGGCGGGGAUAGUCUCAGUUGCAAACACACACACACACACACACACACACACACACACACGGGUCAUUCUGAGAAGGAGAUGUUGCUUUCAAAGGCUGACCUUUUCCCUUGUACUAUCCCGAUUGUUGCAAGUGGCUUAGAAGUUUCUGUGCUGUGGCUCCCAACUUUCAAGUACUGCUCUUAAUAGGAGCAGUGGAGGCAGCCCUUAAGAGUAGAGAACUACCCAGAAGGGAAAUAUUAAGUUUGUACUAGAAUGCUUUGUUUUUUCUAAUACCUACAUGGUCUUGGGGACUGCUUUCCACAACAGCAAUAAUCAAAAUCUGUGUUGGGUCUUGUUUCCGUCAGCUUCAGGAGCAAAUGGUCUCUUGCAAAAUCCUCACCAGCAUCGGCUUCUAUCUCCCUUCCAAAGUUUUUCUGUCCUGUUUUCCAGUUAAUGAGGGGUUAACAGAAUCAGCUCCCAGAUUUGUUUUAAGUGCUGGUUUACAGCUUCUUGAGCCUGGGCUAAGAUUGCUAGGGAGGUGGCUUUCUCUAGGUGUGCAUAUGGCAGAACACUGCCUCUAGCUGGGAUGGCAGCAAGCCUAGGGGAGGCAGCAUUCAGUGUGCUGGCACUCCCAUAUCCCUUGGAGCUUUGUUUCAGCCUUUCAGGAGUUGGGGGAGAGGUCUGCAGGUAUCCAAAUAAUGGCCUGUUGUUUGAGGGACAGCAGAGCUGGAAUUUUAGAGCAUGACACUGUGCAUGUUCAGACAGGUAGGACUUAUAUUUGUCUGAGCAACUCCCAGCAUGCCCAGUCAGCAUGGCUGGGUAGGGGAUGCUGGGAAUUGUAGGGCUUAUUUCUGUCUGGACAUGCUAGGGUUGUGCAUUUGAACUGGGCGAUUGGAAAUGCGUUUUCUCCUCCCCUCUGGCCAUGGCACAAAGGCGUUUCUAUUGUUCCCUGACUUGGAAGGCAAAUUCUAAACAACCUUGAUCGUUGUUGCUGUUUUGGAGUGAAAUAAAGCCUUUCUGGAAGAAAA